GGGAACAGGCAGCAUCCAUCCCGCUAAGAGACCAAAACGCAUCCAGCCAGUUACCGUAAGCGAAUUUUUUUUUGUUUCGCAAGAAAACAGAGCAGAAAGAAUUCCUUGAAAAUGUCGUUGGAUAACAGUAUGGACGAGGAGUACGGGUCCAGUAUCGGGGAAGCCGAACCGAUGGCAUCGCUCAAAAGGAUCAAGUUGGAAAGUGACGUCGAGAGUCAGAACGGAAGUCUUGGCGAUCUGCUGAGUAGCAUCAAAAGUGAAUUGGACAUGCGCAUUCGGAGUGACGGCGAGGGUGAUCUAGGAAAUUCCACCACUGUUCCGAGUGGAAGUGGGUUGGUGGGUGGAAUCUACGGAUGCAGUGGCAGUGGUCUGAAUAAUAACAAUAGCGAUGCCUUGAACAAUAACAAUUCCAUCAAAAAGAAACUUGGCGACGUUGAUGAGGUGAAGUUUGGAGAGUUCAGUAAAUUUCUGGCCGAUAACGAGAAGGACGAGAAUAUGGCGACGGUGUUGGAGCUACUGCAUGAGAACUACGGCCUGAUCCAGCGGUACGCUUCCGGGUACGAUUGCAACAGCGAAAAAUGCCAGUACGAGAACCUGCACGAACACUUCCACUGCUACGACACGUUCUGCCGGGGGAAGGUCCUGUACAAAAAGUACGAAAUCAUCCGGCAUCUGAAGUGGCACAAGAAACGGAAGGAGUCCCUCAAGUAUGGAUUCUAUCGGUUUUCCUCAUCGGAUGACUGCAGCAUCCAGUAUGGGAGCUGUCAGCAUAACCACAAGCACACGCACUACCACUGUGUGCACGAAAACUGUGAUAAGGUAUACAUCAGUACCAGCGAUGUGCAGAUGCAUGCCAACUACCACCGGAAGCACGAGGCAAUUGUGAAGAAUGGAUUUCAACGGUUUCGGGCUACGGAGGAAUGCAAGACGGACCAUUGUGUUUUCAAGGGUCAGAAAACGACACACUUUCACUGCAGGCGGGAAAACUGCAAAUACACUUUCAAGAACAAAGCGGAUAUGGAAAAACACAAAACUUAUCACCUGAAAGAUGAAAUGCUGCUGCGGGAUGGUUACAAAAAGUUCCUUAAAUCCGAAGAUUGCACCUAUAAAAAUUGUCGUUUCUCGCGAGUCUGCAACCAUAUUCACUGCAUGCAUGAGAACUGUCACUAUGUGCUGCACUCUAGCGGUCAAUUGUUGAGCCACAAACGGAAACACGAAAGAAUGGACACCGAGGUGGACUAUCGGAGGUUUCAGAUGGCACGCAGUUUACUGAGUAAGUUCAACAGCACCUAUCGAACAGAGGAUCCUACUUCUCCGGUGAAGGACGAAGAAGAACAAUCGUCCAGCCCGCAGUCUGCCGAAGCGGUGACACGAAAUCCUGUUCUAGACUUGCUGGCGAUCAUGUCGGAGCUCACGUUUAGGGCACUUCCACUGCAAAUAAUGCUUCACAUGAGAAUGCAGAUGUUGCAAAACAUGAGCUAUGAACAGAUACUGGCACCGGAAAACGUCGACGGUUUGAAAAGAAUAUCUGAAAGUGGACUCGGAGAAGAAUACUUGAGACAACUCUACAGACUUAAUGAAACAAUGUUGCACUUGAAUGAUCGUACCACAAUGAAUAUGGAAGAGACAGAUCCAGGGUUGGCCAGAGACAGAUCCCAUGGAAAUCCAAUUGCAGGUGUUUCGAGAUUGUUUGAAACCCCAGGUGAACACUUCCCACUGAAACGGAAACUCGAUGAGGAAUUUCCGGUCCCUCCAACAUCGUUAAGUGGGGAAUCACCUUUCUUCUCAACAAAAGACACUCAUUCAAGCCUAAGCAAGUCGAAGCUACUAUCCAACCCGUCGAUAGAUUAUCGUUUGUUGAAAACAGAAGACUCUGGAUUGGGAGAGUCCUCUACGGACACAACUACUUCGCAGUCUGACCGACAGAAAAGCAUGCUGGAGAGUUCGAACUUUCUACAGUUCACCUCAAGUAAAACACUUUUCAACAGAAAACGGGGUCGCCCUCGGAAGAACCACGUGAUGGAAGUGUACAACAAUGUCCAGGAUUCACCACAAGCCAUAUUCACCAGUUUCAAGCUGGAAAAAAGUGACUCCAAGCCAUCUGACCAACAGCUCAAAGAACCGCUACAGGAUUUCAAACAAGAACCGCACCAGCGACUUGAAGAAGAAGGCAACCUCAAGAAGCGGGACGGUGCAAGUCCCUCGAAACUUUUCCUACCCAUGACCGCUUGGGAACCAGGUCAUUCGUCUUUAUUCGGAAUACCUGAUUUCGGUGGUUUUUCUCAACUUUUGGAAAAGCACAUGCGAGAAGUAAAAACGGAACCCACUGCCACCGUAACGCAUGAACUGGAUCUUUCUGUUAAGGACAAGCCCCGAAACCAUCUCAAGUGCGUUGUGUGCAACAAACUGUUCGAAACCUUUGCAGACAUCAAGGAACACGAAUGUGUCGGCAAAGCACCAGAAAAACCCUUGCUGGCUUUUCCACCGGGAAUCACAAUGCAGCAGACUCCGGUACCACUCCGAAAGUCUUUCCUGUCGGAGCCUGAGACAAACCCCCGUAUGUACCCGUCGGCAACGGUAGUAAAUCAUCAUCCGUCAACGUCGACAUCUUCGGCCAAGGAGUCUAUUUCACUUGUCAAAACUACCGGUACGUUCUUCCCGGAUGUAAAUGCGAAUAAGUUGAAAUACUUCUAGUAUUGGCAGGUUUUAAUAGAAAGACGCGCAAAACAGGGAUUCUACGAUCAAUGAGUAGAAAAUUAUCGAACAAUCAUCAGAUGCUUAGUGUAUUCGUAGCUAGAGGCUAAUUUUGUUUAGAGAACUAGCGUCAGUAGUGAAUUGUUUUUAUCGUGUCAUAUAAUCAGUUGUUUCUGAAGGAAAACGAAUGCCAUAUACUCAAUUGGCCAUACGAUAUGCUCAACGAAGAAUUUUAUUAUUAUGACAAAUGUUUUAGUACUAUGGUUAGACAUAUAAACAUUAUUUAGUAUUCCAAUGAUUGUAUUAUAUAAACCAGUGAGAGUCAAAAGUACUAAAAAUAAAUAGAUUAUACCAGAUUACUGUGAUUUGAGGCCUUCAAUAAUACAGUA